AUGACAGAAUUUGAGUCCCUCGCCAACAGCGUAAUCGACAGUUGUCCAGAUGGAGGCUGGGGCUGGAUCGUCGUAUUCGCCUCCUUUGUUUGUAUGAUCCUUGUGGAAGGCAUUUGUCUCUCCUACGGCCUUCUAGUUGCUCCCAUCUGCCCUGGAAACAGUCUUCGUGCAGUGGGUCCAUCUACUCGCUUCGCAUCUCAAUCACCAUCCGGUGUGGCAACUGCUACCUCUCUGGGAAUUGUAUGGUCAACUAAAGCGAGGUUAGUACCCAUCCGGCCGGGGUCUUGUGUCGGGGUCUCUGAGAUGGGUGAGUUGCUAAAGACACAGUCGAGAAUGGCUCUCAUGGCUCCCGGUGGAAUGCUAAUGGGCUUGUAUAUUCUUCUUGGUCCCCUGGCAAGCGCACUGAGCAAUCAAUUCGAUUUUCGGCCAGUUGCUAUGGCGGGUGGCAUUAUAGCAACCAUCGGUCUCUUUGCUUCCGCCUUCUCAACAAAUAUCAUCGUUUUUUGCAUCACACUUGGUGGUAUUGGAGGCAUUGGUUUUGGACUGAUUUACUUGCCGGCAAUAGCCACCGUUGGUCAUUGGUUCAAACAUCGUCGACCUUUUGCGGUGGGACUGGCACUCUGCGGGAGUGGAGUGGGCAGCGUAAUCACCGGCCAAGUCUUUCCGCUUCUAAUCAACGAAUUCACCUGGAGUGGGGCUCUUGUUGUUCUUGCGGCUUUCUGUGCGCAGAUUAAGUGCUCUCAGAAACUGCGUCGGCAAGCUGCCAAGGAGAAGGAGCGUCAGUUGGUUGCUAAGCAGAAGUCACAGGGGAAUGCGAAACGGCCUCGAACAGACCGCGAUGAAUCCGCCAUGAAGGCGAAAGCACAAAACCAGGCUAUUAUGCGUGCUCAAGCUUCUCAAGCACGAGCCGCCAAGAAAGCUCUCAAGGCUCAAAAAGCACAGCAGAGGAGGGUAAUCUAUCGUGGGUCCAUAAUGCAACGCAUCAUCGAGGAGAAGCGCCGUCAACGAACAGUUUCCGUUGGCAGUCUUGAUGGCAUGGUGAUUACCCGUGACAAUGAAUUGAUCGCCGGUCCUCUUGUGGCUGAUAGACCCCCACUCUUGACCGCGGCAUCUAUCGCGCGGAUUUCAGAGGCGGUGGUGCGGAAAAUGGAAACCCGACUAUCAAACGUCGCCUGCGCUUUAGACGGGAGUGCUUGUGCUGAUGGGGAAACACCCAGUAGAUGUGAUUCUAAUGUUUCACAACCGUCGUUGGCGAGAAAGAGCUCACAUGCUGGAUCUGGACUCUUUCGUCUGAACCUCGUUCGCGAAAGCUUGCCCCAAUUGGUACAGGACUACGUCCAAUCUCAAGCUUCCAUCGCUGUACAGAAUUACAUGGCUAAACAGCUUAACCAAUCAGGUGGUGGCGCUAACUUCUCUACUCCUACUGGGACUGUCGCAGCCACUGGGAUGGCUUCCGCAAAUCCUACUCCUGGUCCUGGUUAUGACAAUAUCACUGCUCAUUCCUCAAAUUCGAGAAUUCGAUCAGUCAGUAAUGCUACCAGUAUCUACCAGACCGGUGGCAAUAGUACCCCUCAGACACAAAAGUGUCUUAGUCUGCGUCGGACAAUAUCGGAUGCUUCUAUUACCUCGUCAAAUCGUGGGGGCGUUGUAAUUCCUCCUGAAAUUCAACAAGAAGUUGCUGAAAUUCUGGAUGAAGAAGUAAGAGCAGAGGUACAACACCGUCUUAGAAGAGAGCUUAUGCGACCUCAAUACAAGAAGGAUCUGUUCUUCACAGGAUCUGCCCAACAGUUGGAUCAUACGCCAGUGUCUGCUAUACCUCUGGGAGAUGCUGGUACCCUUUGGACAACUCGCGAUCACUCAAACUGGGAUAUAGGUCCAGUUUCUCACAAUGCUACUAACGCAAAUAACACCAUAUCCACUAGCCCGAAUCCCGCCGUCUCUAUUCGCGGAUUCAAUCCAGAGACGGAUAGCACAACCGCCGGUACUCCUAUCAUCCCUAUUAACACUGCCGCCAAUGUAAAUUCGACUGGGGCUCCUUCUUCAGCUAAAAUAUCCCAGGGAAAGGGAGAAACGUCUAUGAUGGACUUUGAGGAAGGCGAAGAGAUGAUGUCUCUGAACAUACCCCAAGAAGAUGGUAAUGAAGAGAAUGGUGGCAGGAGGAAACGCUGCGAUUGCCUCUCCAGUCCCAUUAUGGCGUUCCUGGAGGAGUUACUUUCUCCUGGACUCUUGCUUAGUCCAACAUUCAUUUGCUUGCUCCUUUCCAAUGUAUUUACUAUGUGGGGUCUUCUGGUACCAUACCUGAUGAUUCCAGAUAUAGUUGCUGAAAAUAACUGGACUCUGCAUGAAGCGGGUUCUAUCAUCUCCUACAUUGGAUUCGCAAACACCAUCGGACGCUGUAUUGCCACACUCUACAUAGAGAAAGCCUGGUCUAGUCACUACAAAUGGCUCGACUGUCUGCGUGUAAAUGUGGCUUCCCUUCUAUUAGCUGGGGUGGCUUGUGCUAUUCUUCCCAUUGCCGGACGUAGUUACAACUGCAUUGUCGCUAUGGGCAGCUUCUUUGGCCUCUUCUCCGCCGUCGUUGUGUCUCUAAAGAGUAUCCUUGUCGUUGAGCUCUUUGGAUUGGAUAAAUUAACCAAUGCAUUUGGCCAUAUGCUGGUUGUGCAGGGCUUAUCAUGCGUAAUGGGUGCAGUCAUUGGUGGUCACAUUUUCGAUGUUCUGGCCUCUCGAGCGCCACAUUUUCUACCUUGGGCUGGUGAUAAAGCUCCCCUUGUUUAUGCAUCUGAAGCAACUUUCUUCUUUGCUGCAGGCUCCUUUCUCCUGGCUGCCAUAUUCGCAGCACCCCUUAGAGCUCUUUCAAAGAAGGAGACCGUCUCUGCUAACUUUUCAAAUGCUGGCCCAGGAGUCGUGGCUGGUGGUGGAGUUGGUGUUUAUGUUGAUGACGAAUUCGAUGGCGGUGAUAGUAGUGUACAAGAAUAUGGUUCUACGACUGUACUCUCGCCACCGGCUGUCGCACAAACAAAUUGUGCAGAUACUCUUGGUGUUACCGCCAAUAACUCUGGUUCAGGCGUGAAUAUCAACCAGCUACAACCAACAACUAUUGGGUCACAAGUUGCCUCCAUUCAGCUUCAGACGUCUUCAUCAAAUCAGCAGCCCUCGAAUUUUGACUCAGGGAUUGUUAGUUAUGUCUGCGAACAUGGAACUGUAGAACAGCCCACACUGCCUCCUCAAACGACUAUUUCAGACCCGCCAACAUUCCUUUCUCCUGCACCUCUACCUUCUAGUCUCUUCUUGACAGCUACAGAUUCGGACAACCAGAUGACUCUUCCUGCUGAAAUAGUAGAAGGAGAUUCGAUUCCUAUUGGUGGGGAAGAGUGUGGCGUUGCUGAUGGGGUUGAUGGGUUGAUUACAGAUGGAGAGAUUGGUGAAGUCAUCACUACAGCUGGUGUUCCUAUGGGUAAUCUCCCAAUCCGUUCGACAAUUCAAAUAUCCUCAAUUCCAACUCAAAAUCCGAUUGGAGAGGUUUGGAAUGCUUCAGCUAGUGUGAAUACGCCUCCUAGUGGAACUGAGCCGGUCAAAACCACCCUUGUGGCAGAGGAGCCAGCUUUAGAACCGGUAAAAGAGGAAAGUGAGGAAGAAAUGGAGUUGGAAGAGCGACUCCGUUCCCCUUCUCUAUCAUCUUCAACCCCUCCAAACUCUGGGCAACAUCCUCAGCCAUAG